AUUAUCACAUGACAACAGGCCCUUGGUUUUGAUAAGCAAUGUUGUCAUAUCAACUAGCCCGCUUAUUUUAUUGAAAUAACGAAUACAAUUUCUUAUUGCAAUGAGGCCUUCAGUCUAUUCCAAAGUAAAUUUGUGACACAGCUAAAACAACGAUUAAACAAUUAAAGAUGUCGAGGAUAUUGAGACAGGAUUACCGUAAUGCGGACUUCCAGCAGUUGAGUCAGCUGAUACGCAACCACCCACUAAUGAAGUCAACGACCUCGGAUGAGCAGCAAAUGCAACUGCAAAAGCUGCGUACUCCCGAAUAUCGAACCAAGUGUGUUAUGCGAGCUUCCUUGGACGACAUUGCACUAGGCAUCAAUUUGUACAAGCUGCAGCUGGAUGCAGACAAGCUGCCCACUCAUCCUUCAACAAUUCGAUUUGCUCAUCGUACUCCAAAGUCAGCAAAGUCUCCAGCCACGCCGUUUAUCAAGGUCUUACUACGCAAGACGCCUCUUGUCGUGCUCUUUGAGCGUUCCAGCAUGACCGCCGAGCUGGACGGCGACGAGGGUCGUCUGGUUCUCGCAGACAAUCAGCGCUACGACGAGCUCUUGGCGGGCACAGAUAAAUCCCGACGCACUGUCGAUGCCGACACCCAGACGAUGACGGCGCUCAAAAAGUCGCGACUGGUCAACACGGAGCGUCUGUGCACAGAUCAUGUGGGCUCCUAUGUGUCGAAUUUUGAGAUGUUCGAUACGUAUAAGGAUCUGGAAGCUUCCACUAAGAGUGUGCAGGUGCAAGGCGAGCAACAGAUGCAAGUGACCACAUAUAAAGUGGGCGGUGUGGAUCAGUUUGAGGCCAUUAAUAGCUUGCCCAGCUUUAAACUCGCUCUUAUGCUGACCAUGCGCAUCCUCGCCAGUAAUGUCUUUGAACCGGAGCAGCGACGCUUUCGAAACAUGACGCCACCCGAUCCCUUCGCCGAGGACGUGCAGUUCAAGUACCGUCUAAGAUUGCUCUGGCGUCUAAGCUCGCCAUCUAACGCGUCCAGAGUACGUCAAGCUGUCACGAGCAUUAGCUUCUGCCCGAACAAUGGUGACAUUAUGGCAGUCUCCUAUGGCAUUUAUACAUUUUCGCACAUGCCGUCUGGCUCUCGUCGUGGCUACGUCUACCUGUGGAACAUUAAGAACCCAGUCAAUCCGGAACGUUGCUAUAACUAUAAAGUGCCCGUGGUCACAGUGCAAUUCUCGCCAUCAGCGCCACAACUACUGGCCAUUGGCCUGCAAAAUGGUAACACUGAGGUGCGCGACAUCUCACAGCCGGAGCAACCACCUCUGGCCAUGUCGCAGCGCAACAGCUCUCCGCACUUUAAGCCCGUGACAGCCAUUCAAUGGAUACCACGCAGUGAUGGCGAUGUGACUCUGGGUGGCGAUUAUGCUGGCAUUACACCCUUUUUAGCCGCAUCACUGUCGGGCGCCGUCACCAAGUAUCAACUGAUCAAUAGCCCAUAUUUACUGGGCUUUGAACAUCAGCAUUUUCAGCGUUCCGAGGGUGAGCUGGAGGGGAUUACGGUGCAGCGACCCGCACAGCGUGCUCCACUUCUGGCAAAUCGGCAUCCGCAGUGUAUGGAACUGAUGCUCGAUCCGCUGCAGAAGGACAUUUACUAUGUGCUUACUGAUGAGGGGACGCUUUUUAAGUGCUCCACCAACUAUCCAUUACAACAUCUGGAACUGCGUCAAGUGCACGAAUCGCCCGCCGUUUGCUUGGACUUCUCACCCUGGUCGCCUAAGCUGUAUCUUACCUGCGGCAGCGAUUGGUGCAUUCGCAUUUGGUUAUCCGGAAUCAUUUCACCAGUGAUUACACUGUUGCAUCAUCUGUCGCCGGUGCACUGUGCUCGGUGGAGUCGCACGCACUCGACCAUCUUGGUGUCGUUAAGCCACACCACUGUGGACAUCUGGGAUCUGCGCUAUAGCACACUUAAGCCGGUCUCAUCCACCACAAUUGAUGCCAAGAUCUGUUACACAACAUUUCGUUUUGCGCAUUGUGGUCGAUCCCUGGCGGUUGGCAACGAGGCGGGUCAAGUGCUUAUGCUGUCCUUUGAAGACAUGCCCUUUCCACCUCAUUUUCAGUACAGGCAAUUAAAGCGUGCAAUCUAUAAAGCUCUCAGCCUGGAGCCAACGCUGCAGCAGCAGGUCAAGAGCGUGGGGAACUUUGGGUAUCCACGCGGCGAGAAACUAACAACCAUGCAAUAAACUUUAGAUAAAAUAAAAAAGUUUCCGUACUGUCGAUGUUAAA